UGAAAGGUGACGUGAAUGUGAAAUACGGCGUUUAUUUGCGAUGAGUUUAAAACGUGGUUUUAGUGUUUUGACAAGAAGUGCUGUUUAAGCAGGACAGGAUGAUUAUUAUUAAAAUUGUUUUUGAUCAUUCGGUUUUAUGUGUUGAUGUAGUUUGUGUGUAGCGGUCUGAUCAGGUAUCCAGUAUGUUCGCAGGUAGAGGACUGUUCAGGUUGGUGCCACGUGUGUGUGUGUGCAGGAAAGCUUCUCAGGUCACAGGCAGGCUGGUGUUAGGCAUCGAGACCAGCUGUGAUGAGACAGGAGCAGCUGUUCUGGACGAGACUGGGACAAUCCUGGGAGAAUCUUUACACUCACAGAAAGAAGUGCACUUGAAGUCAGGAGGGAUCAUCCCACCCGUCGCCCAGCGCCUCCAUAAAGAGAACAUUAGCAGAGUGGUGCAGGAGGCUUUGGACAGGAGUGGGGUUACAGCAGGAGAUCUCAGCGCCGUGGCCACGACGGUCAAACCGGGUCUGGCUCUGAGCCUCGGUGUCGGUUUACACUUCAGCAUGAGUUUCGUAAGGCAACAUGAAAAGCCCUUUAUCCCAAUCCAUCACAUGGAGGCCCACGCCCUAACCGUGAGGAUGCUCCAGCGGGUGGAGUUCCCCUUCCUGGUGCUGCUGGUGUCGGGGGGGCAUUCUCUCCUGGCGCUGGCGAGAGGCAUUGAUGAGUUCUUACUGUUAGGGCAAACGCUAGACGAGGCUCCAGGAGACACGUUGGAUAAGGUAGCGAGACGUCUGUCUCUCAUCAAGCACCCGAAGUGUCACAGCCUCAGCGGCGGACAAGCAAUCGAGCUUUUAGCGAAAGACGGAGACCGGCUGCAGUUCCAGUUCAAGUCCCCGAUGGGGCAGCAGUACGACUGCAACUUCUCCUUUGCCGGCGUUCGCAACCAAGUGACAAUAGCGAUAGACAAAAAGGAAAAGCAGGAAGGUAUUGAGCCAGGGCAGUUGUUGUCUUGUGUGCAGGACAUCGCCGCAGCAGCACAGCACACCGUCGCCUCGCACAUCGCCAAACGCACACACAGGGCCAUUCUGUUCUGCAAAGCCCGUGGCCUUUUACCACAAAACGACCCGACUCUGGUCGUAUCAGGAGGCGUAGCAAGCAACGAAUACAUCAGAGAGACACUGAGAAUCGUCACUGAUGCCACAGGAUUGCAGCUGCUCUGCCCUCCGGCUCAAUUCUGCACCGAUAACGGAGUGAUGAUCGCGUGGAACGGUGUGGAGAGACUAAAGGAGGGAAAAGGAAUAUUGUCACACACUCAGGACGUCAAGUAUGAACCCAAAGCGCCACUGGGCAGAGAUAUCUCUACAGACGUCAGAGAUGCUGCGAUCAAGCUUCCUGUGUUAAAACUAAAGAUAAAAAGCUAGACUUUUUCUUAUUCAGAAAAUAAAAAAAUCUGCAAAAAUA